AUGGAUAGUUUAGACAUGAAUGUAAAAUUUAAGUUUAUUUCCUCCAACAUAAAUAGCAUUCCUCCAUAUGAUGGAAACAGAGAUGCAUUAUUAAAUUUUGUACAGCGUAUAGAUUACAUGUGCCCAAUGUUAGACACUUUUACUGCUCAAGAAUAUAAAAUUCUAUUAAUUGGUCAAAUUAAAGAUAAAAUUAUUGGAAACGCUAGGAUAUCUCUUUUAAUAAAUGGAAACCCGGAUACUUGGCCGGAAGUUAAAAGAGUCCUUAUAGAUAGCCAUGGCGAAAAAAAUUCGGUUGACGAACUCAUUGGCAAAAUUAGAAUCUGUAGAUGUGAUUCGAUAAUUGAAGCUUUUUAUAAUUCACUUAAUACUUUGUUAUGUCGGCUAAAUAACGCGUCAAUAUUUUGCACAAAUAGUACUUCCAGUGAAAGCAAUGCCAGAAUUGCUUUGAAUUCAUUUAAACAUGGUUUACCCGAACCUGUCAAAAGCAUUAUUGUUAGUAGGAAUCCAAAAACUUUAAAAGACGCAUAUGAUAUUAUAAAAUCAAAUGGUUACUUAAACUAUAAAAAUCAGCAACAAAUUUUUUUUAACAGUAGUUCGCUUAACAGAAGCAGCAACUUAGAACAAAAUGCUGAUAACAUGAAUUUUGCUACUCAACAACAUAGACAGCAACAUGGUUAUAACAGAGGAUCUAAUAUGAACCAAUAUCUUAAUCAACAGAACAGCCAGCUGUUCAAUAACAGCAAUAUAAGUAAUAGAGCAAACGAUGCGUUUAGUCAACAGCAUAGACAACAGUACAACAACAAUAGCAUUAAUAACAAUCACCGACAACCAAGUUUUAAUAGCAACAACAGUAACCAAACAAAUAGAACAAAUCGUAGCUCUGGUAGUUUUCUUAAUCAAAAUAACAGUAAUGAAAGACUUUUCAAUAACAGAAAGUAUAACAAUGUAGAACCCAUGGAAAUAGGAGUCAACGAAAACGAACAAAAUUUUCAAUUACAGAGCCCAGAAAAUUACCCUAUAUAA